CGCAUAACCAUCGUCGAUGCUCCUAUGAUCGCUUGGGAGCGAGCCCACGAGUACUGUGCGGGUUGCUAUAUAAGCGCACCUGCUGCACUGCUUGCCACCUUUCUACUCCCCUCUAGCCGCCAAUCACGAUGACGACUUUCACCUACGAGUUCAACACUCCGUCCUUCAAGGGCAAGGUCAGCUUCCCUACAGGCGUCUUUCUCAACGGCGAGUUCGUGGACGGGAAGGACAAGGCUACGAUCGAUGUCAUCAACCCGGCGAAUGGCCAACUCAUAACCAAGGUCUCCGAGGCCACCGCCGCCGACGUCGACACUGCCGUCAAGGUCGCGGAGCAAGCGUUCAAAACUUCCUGGGGGCUGAAGGCCUCUGGGACGCGCCGUGGCGACCUCUUAUGGAAGCUCGGCAACCUCAUGGACGAGAACAAGGAUGAGCUAGCUGCGCUCGAAGCCCUCGACAACGGCAAGACGUUCACCUGGGCGAAGAAUGUAGAUGUCGCCUUCGCAACGCAGACUAUCAAGUACUACGCAGGAUGGGCGGAUAAGAUCCAGGGCAAAGUUAUCGAGACGGAUGAGUCGAAGCUCACAUACACGAGGCAUGAGCCUAUCGGCGUCGUCGGCCAGAUCAUCCCCUGGAACUUCCCCCUCCUCAUGAUGGCCUGGAAGCUCGGUCCAGCGCUCGCAACGGGAAACGCAGUUGUCUUGAAGCCCUCGGAGUUCACCCCUCUGACGGCGCUCCGCAUGUGUUCGCUGAUUCGCGAAGCGGGUUUCCCUCCAGGUGUCGUCAACGUUCUCGUCGGGUACGGGCACACGGUCGGGCAGGCCAUCAGCUCCCAUAUGGACAUUCACAAGGUGGCUUUCACCGGCAGCACGCUCGUCGGCCGCAAGAUCAUGGAGACGGCCUCGAAAACGAACUUGAAAAAGGUUACUCUCGAGCUCGGCGGGAAGAGCCCUGUCAUCAUCUUCAAUGAUGCCGACUUGGACCAGGCCGUAAAUUGGGCGGCCCAUGGAAUCUUCUGGAAUCAAGGCCAAGCAUGCUCCGCCGGCUCCCGCAUCUACGUGCAAUCGGGAAUCUACGACAAGUUCCUCGCUGCUUUCGCCGCUCGCGCGCGCGCCAUCAAGGUCGGCGACCCCUUCGGCACCGGCAUCGACCAGGGCCCGCAGGUCUCGCAGCAGCAGUACGACCGCGUCAUGUCCUUCAUCGACUCCGGCAAGCAGGAGGGCGCGACGCUCUACACCGGCGGCAAGCGCGUCGGCUCCGAAGGCUACUUCAUCGAGCCCACCGUCUUCACCGACACCGCGCCGGACAUGAAGAUCGUGCGCGAGGAGAUCUUCGGGCCGGUCGCGGUCGUGGUGAAGUUCGCGGACGAGGACGAUAUAGUGCGGCAGGCGAAUGACACGGUGUACGGGCUGGCGGCGGCGGUGUUCUCGCAGGACGUGACUGUUGCGCUUGAGACGGCGCAUCGGCUGCAUGCUGGUACCACGUGGAUCAACUGCGUGAACCAAUUGCACGCGCAGGUUCCCUUCGGCGGCUUCAAGCAGUCAGGAAUUGGCCGUGAGCUGGGAGAAUACGCGCUGGACAACUACACCGACAUAAAAGCGGUUCACGUCAACUUGCGCCACCGCAUGUAGGGUAAAAGUCUCUGUGGAGACCUUCUAUAUGGCCAGAAUGUAUCACUGUUGUAUCUAACUAUCGCCAGCUCUUGAGACCUUAGUCGAGCGACAAGCUGCUGCAUUCAGAGCUUCGCGUACUUGGCUGUGGUAAGAUCCAGUCUAUCGAAACAUGGAAGUACGACAUACCAAUGAAAUCGUUGCGUUAGGCGGCGUGC